UGUUGCAAGGUCACCCAUGACGAUAUUAUUUCUUCUAUUAUGCCUAACUUCGUCGAUAUACAACGUUGAAGGCAAACCUAAAUUAAAGGGUGGCCUUGGAAUUGGUCCUCCAACUACACUGUCUGGAGUAGUUUUUGAUAUCACCAAACAUGGUGCUACAGUUGGUGCUGCUGAUGAUACCGACGAUGAAGGAGAAUCUGCCAAUUCUUUGGCAUUUAUCCAGGCAUGGAAGGCAGCAUGUGGUGGCACAGGGGCAACAAGAGUACUAAUUCCGAAAGGAAUUUUUGUGACAGGUCCAGUUAUAUUUGCUGGACCAUGCAAAGCAAAAGUUACAGUAGAGAUUCAAGGUAAUGUGUUGGCUAACACUGAUAUUAGUCUCUACUCUGAGCCUCAUGUCAUCAUGUUUGAGAAUGUCGAAGGUGUGACCUUAACCGGUACCGGUGUCGUUGACGGCCAAGGUGCUAAACACUGGCAGAGCAACGAUUGCUCUAAGAACUCCAAUUGUGCCGCGCUGCCUACUUCCAUCAAAUUCCAUAGGGUGAACAACAGUGUGAUUGAAGGGGUUCAAUCUGUAAAUCCCAUGUUUUUCCAUAUGUUUGUUAGCAACUGCCACAAUGUGACAAUUCGUAAUGUGAAAAUAGCAGCUCCGUUUAAUAGCCCUAACACUGAUGGAAUUCAUAUUGGGAGCUCAGAUCUUGUUACUAUCGCCGAUAGCCUAAUUGGCACCGGUGACGAUUGUGUCUCUAUCGGCCAUGGAUCUAGACAAAUCACGGUCACGGGUGUCACAUGUGGUCCCGGACAUGGUAUCAGUGUGGGAAGCCUUGGAAAGUAUAAUGACGAGUUAGAAGUAGUAGGGGUGCUAGUUAAAAAUUGCACUCUAAGUGGAACAACGAAUGGUGCAAGAAUCAAGACUUGGCCAGGAAAUAAGGCAAAUAAAGCUUCUGCAAUCACAUAUGAAGAUUUAAUUAUGGAUCAUGUAAAGAAUCCAAUUAUCAUUGACCAACAAUAUGGCAAGAAAAACUCUGAGGCAUCUCAUGUGAAAAUUAGUGAUGUGCACUUCAAGAACAUAAGAGGAACCUCAGCCACAACAGAGUUGGUGACUUUUGCAUGUAGUCCAGCAUUACCUUGUGAAGGUAUUGAGGUUGCCGAUGUUAACCUCUCUUUUGAAGGGAAAGAUGUGUUACAUAAGCUUAAAAAGCCACUUGGGGCAAUUGGUAAUUUGGCAACUACUUGUAUAAAUGCCAAAGUUAUCUUCAAUGGUAAGAAUGGGGGUAUUGGUUGCAAGUAAUUCAUUAUUUCAUUCUCAUAAUGAAUUUGAAGAUGAGUUUGAGGCUAAUUUUAUCUUGUACUUCUUUUUAAUUUUAAAGGCCAAUACAAAGUGAUAGAUAGUGAGAGAAUGAGAGAAUAUAAAAGAGAAUGAUUUCAUUUUUUUUAUUGAUGAGAGUGGCCUACUUUUACGUUUGUUAUUAUAAAUCUUUGGUUCAUGCAGCCGACGUAUCCUAUUCUAUUGGGAAUAAGGCUCUGAUACUGUUGUUGCUGUUAUUGUAUACUUAUGAGAAGGUUUUCUUGUAGGAUAAUUUAAUGUAAAUUAGCACACAUUUUGCUUGUAGAUACGCUCAUUUCCGGCCUUCCAUUAGAAAAAUUCUUGUCUAGUAUGCAAGGCUACAAGCUAAUGAAUUUGAUUUUAGUAACCUUAAAUUUUAUUAUUGGUGUACGAGCUAGUCUCAAUUCACACUUUUUUU